AUGUUACAUACUCAAAAGACGAAUCUUUUGCGAAACUUGCGCUCAUUCUCUUCUACCGCUGGUUUAAAGAAUGGGGCUUCUUUGUACGAACAAACCAUCCCUAAUUUAAUGGUAAAUUCGGAUACCAAGGUUAUUUUCCAAGGUUUCACCGGAAAGCAAGGUACCUUCCAUGCUCAACAAGCCUUACAAUAUGGUACCAAAAUUGUCGGUGGUACCAACCCCAAGAAGGCUGGUAGCACCCAUCUUGACAAACCUGUUUUCGGUAAUAUCGCCGAAGCUAUGAGAGAAACGAAAGCAAACGCUUCUGGUAUCUUUGUUCCUCCCCCAUUGGCUGCCGGUGCCAUUGAAGAAGCUAUUGCAGCUGAAGUUCCCCUUGUGGUUGCCAUUACUGAGGGUAUUCCUCAACAUGACAUGCUUCGUGUAUCUGACAUUUUGAAAACUCAAAGCAAGACUCGUUUAGUCGGACCAAACUGCCCCGGUAUCAUCCGCCCCGGUCAAUGCAAGAUCGGCAUUAUGCCUUCUCAUAUUCACAAACCCGGUCGUAUUGGUAUCGUUUCCCGUAGUGGUACCUUGACUUACGAAGCCGUCAACCAGACUACUCUAGCUGGUUUGGGUCAAAGCCUCGUCAUUGGUAUCGGUGGUGAUCCUUUCCCCGGAACCAACUUUAUUGAUGCCUUGAAAUUAUUCUUGAACGAUCCCAGUACUGAUGGUAUCAUUUUGAUAGGUGAAAUUGGUGGUAGCGCUGAGGAAGACGCUGCUGAAUAUAUUAAGCAAGCUAACAAGAGCAAGAGCAACCCUAAGCCCAUUGUUUCUUUUAUCGCCGGUGCUACUGCUCCCAAGGGCCGUAGAAUGGGCCACGCUGGUGCUAUCGUUGCUGGUGGUAAGGGUACCGCUGCUGCUAAGUUCGAAGCCUUGGAAGGCGCUGGUGUCCGAAUUUCUCGCUCUCCCGCUACCCUUGGUAGCCUCCUUGUGGAGGAAUUGGACAAGAUGAACCAGUAA